AAAUCCACCCGACCCGUUAACCCGACCCUAACCCGACCCUUAAAAAACGGGUUAGGGUAUACAUAUCUCAACCCGCAACCCGUAGAUAACCCGUAUUAUCAACCCUUGACUUCUAAUUAGGUGGUUUGUGGGCAAAAGGAGGUAAAUGCAGCUCAUCAUGAUUCUGUUGCUAUUGGGGUGGGCUGCACGAUCACAGCACAGCUCUCAAAAUUUGUCACAAUCCUCCUACCCUCUACCAAUAUUAAAACCCACCUCACUCACCCUCCCUUGCCCUCCCACCAAAGCCAUUUGCUUACACAAUUUCCUAACAAAGGAUCUCUACAAUGGCUAUUGCCCUCAAGGCCUUUCUUCUUCUUUCCAUCUUCCUUCUCAUCACCAUGUUAUCUUCAGGUUUUUACACUCUUCUCAGCUAAACUUCAAUUGUUUGCCAUCGUUUAUUAACAAGUUAGUGAUAGAUCACUCAGUUCCUGUUGCAGGAAGCAUUGAACGAGGCUUCAGGUCCCAGGAUCGAAUCCCUCCACCCCUAAAUGUCAAAAAAGACGGCAUGCAGUAUCCCAAAUUCUUCCUUUUUGAUCAGGUCGGAAUCAGGGUGAGAAAUCACAAGAAGCUAUUGGUGCCAGUGAUGGAUUACGAUGACACAGGACCCAAUCCUAAGCAUGAUCCCAGGAAGAAACCUGGUGGUCACCCAUAAACUAAGUAACAAAAAAUUAUAUAGGAACUAUUUCUCUGUUUCCAGAGGUUUUGAUCCAGUAUUAGAUGAGGUGAUGUGGCAUAAUUAAAAUGAGUUUAUUCAGUACCAAUAAGAUGUUAGAACCCUACUUGUGGGUGUACUAAGUUGAUAAAAGAAUAUACUAUUGCAGUAAAUUCUAGAUGUUUUC